AGAAGAGAGAGGGAGGGGACAAGAGAGGAGCACGCGUGUCUCUGUACUACUGCAGGCAGAGUUGCAGAUAACCGGGGAGAAGAGGGCAGCAGGACCGGGAACUCCGCGAGCAGUAUCAUAGAGAAGGACCAGCCACUGAUGUGAGAAGAUACUUCCAUUACACUGUAGACAAAAAUUGUGAUUGAGUGGUGACAAAAAAGAAGGUAAGGGGGUAUAACAGGCAUCAUGCAUUUCAACUUCAAGAAAGCUGAGCCUCCACCUGAAACUCAUACAAUGCCAAGCAGCACAGAAUCGCAUAUGGUCUCUCAAGAGAACACCACUGCAGUUGCUGGAUCUGGAGAUAAAAGUGCGGAUACAUUUAGAAAAAUUCAACAGGAACUUAUGAAUCAAAUAAACAAGAUUCCAUUGCCUCCAUGGGCCAUCAUAGCUAUAGCUGUGGUAGCUGGGUUAUUGAUCAUCACCUGUUGCUUCUGUAUAUGCAAAAAAUGUUGCUGCAAAAAGAAGAAAGGAAAGAAAGAGAAAGGAAAAGGGAAGAAAAAUGCAAUGAACAUGAAGGAUAUGAAAGGAUCUGGCGGGCAGAAUGCAUAUGAUGAUGAUGAUGAUGCAGAGACUGGUUUAACAGAAGGUGAAGACAAGGAGGAUGAGGAAAAAGAAGAGGAGAAACUUGGAAAACUACAAUUCUCCUUGGAUUAUGACUUUCAAAAUAACCAGAUUCAAGUUGGCGUCAUACAGGCUACUGAAUUACCUGCAUUGGACAUGGGAGGGACUUCAGAUCCUUAUGUGAAGGUCUUCUUUUUGCCAGAUAAGAAGAAGAAGUAUGAAACUAAAGUUCAUCGCAAGACACUUAACCCAAUUUUCAAUGAGACUUUCACUUUUAAGAUUCCGUAUCAAGAACUUGGAGGAAAGACCCUAUGUAUGUCCAUAUAUGACUUUGAUCGAUUUUCCAAACAUGACAUUAUUGGAGAGGUGAAAGUUGCAAUGAACACUGUAGAUCUUGGACAGCCAAUUGAAGAGUGGAGAGAUUUGCAGAGCGCAGAAAAAGAGGAGCCCGAGAAACUUGGAGAUAUUUGCAUUUCCCUACGUUAUGUUCCAACUGCUGGAAAACUGACUGUCUGCAUUCUAGAAGCCAAAAAUUUGAAAAAAAUGGAUGUGGGUGGUUUGUCAGAUCCAUAUGUAAAGAUUCACCUCAUGCAAAAUGGGAAAAGACUAAAAAAGAAGAAAACUACAGUGAAAAAAAAGACCCUGAACCCAUACUUCAAUGAGUCCUUCAGUUUUGAGAUUCCAUUUGAACAAAUACAGAAAGUUCAAGUUGUUAUUACUGUCUUGGACUAUGACAAGCUGGGUAAGAAUGAGGCAAUCGGCAAGAUAUUUGUUGGAUGUAGCGCCACAGGAACUGAGCUCCGCCAUUGGUCUGACAUGCUGGCCAAUCCACGACGUCCAAUUGCCCAGUGGCACCCACUUAAGCCAGAAGAGGAGGUGGACCUUGCGCUGGGCUCCAAGAAGUAAUGCGCUCUUUAUACAUAUUUUUCCCCUCAUCCCUUCCUUUUGACCCUCACACUCUGCUAUGCAGAUUACAAGCACCUUCUGCUAACCCACAGGCUUUCCCUACAACACAACAACCAAGACUUAAUGAACCAAUAAAGAAGUGUCAUCAAUAACCAAGGCAGUUUCGAUGUACAUGUUUUUGAAGUGUCCAUGGAUGAACUUCAAAAGCGUAAUUGGGCUAUGCCUCACUCUUUUGUGUUCUCUAGGCAAUUUUAUAUUGAUCUCUUAAGCUACAAGAAAAAAAACUGUGACAUAUUAGUCUUCCAAAUAUAAGUGUUUGAAGUUAUAAUAAUAUCUACAAUAACUUUGACACACUACAUAGUCUAAAUGAAAUAUCCAUCUGUAUUAAAUGAAUAUUUAAUUAGUGUAUUUCAUACCUUUUUGUAAGAAUUUGGUAAGGAUUGAGAAGCAGUUCAUAUGCUUAUAUCCUGAUAAAUGAUAGACAUUUUCUUAUGCUAUAUGUCAUAAGUGAGAUUCAAAUUUCUUUUAAAAG